UCAAUAAUAAUUUCAGUGAAAAAGUUAUAAAAACGCAGCAGAUAACGCACCGCCAAAGCAUCGUGAAAUCUUCCAAAAGUUAACUAUAUUAAAACGUUUCUGCAGCAGGCCAUGUACACGUUGGGGAAAAUAACUAAUGAAGUGGGUUUAUCACAUUCUCUAGCUGUAUGGGGGAGGCCGGUGAGUCGUCUUCCUAUAUAUAUAUAUACACGUCAUAAUAAUGCCUGGGAAUAACUUGUGGAAUGAUGUGCAUCUAGAAACAGAUGUUUGAAAUGUUACCUAUGACCGCAUCAGUUAUUAAUAUUCCUAAUAUUUGCAACAUAUAAAAUAUCUCUGUCACCCCUCUUUAAGAAAUGGUACCUUCCAAUGGGAACCGCGAAGAGGGUCCGUUAAGGGCGUGUGUUAGGUCAGGUGCACCUAGCUUCAGGACGUUGCUGGCUAGCUUUCCUUCAGGCAGAAGACUGAACCUCUGCAAGUGAUUGAACAUUAAAACUACGCCAUGGAUGAAAAUGGAAGAGAUAUCACAUGCUUGGAUCCUAUAGCAACUGCAGCAUUAAAAGCUGCUAAUAUAAGCAGAGACAUGCUGCCCAGCCUCUCUAAGGAGGACUUGCGUGAUCUCCUUCCCGGGCCUGAGCACUUCAGAAGAAGAAGAACCAUUUGGAGACUCAAUCAUGAUGAAAAUGAGGGCCAGGAGACAGACCUGUGUAGACCGAGUACCUCCCAUGGGACUUGUGAUUUCAGCCCUAUUCCUACCCCCCAACCUUCCUUGUUUCCCUCCUCUUCCUCCUCCUGCCCCAACCCCUCUCCAUCCCCCGUCUUUUCUCCACCCUCCUUCUCCUCUCAAAGCCCACAACCCCAACAUGGUGCCAGCAGAACCGUACAGCUUCCCAGUCCACUGUAUGUUUUAUACACAGACACAGAAUUGGAGCAAUCACGAAGCACCUUUUCUGAAAAGCAGCGUGCUGGAGAAGAAGGAGACUACGUCCUUUCCAAAGAUCUUCGCUGUCGAUUAAUCAGGAAUACAGUCACAAGCAUGCUUUCCAUUAAAAGAGCAGCUGGGGAUGACUUUAACUAUCCAUGCAGCCGUGAACUCACUGUAAUGGCGAAGCGUCUGAUUGAGUACUACCCAAUGCUUCGGGACAGAUCUCAAACCAGUAGAGCUGAGUGGGUAUGUCACUAUUCAAGUUUUCAACUCAUGGUUCAGACAAAGCACUGCAAUCAUUUGCCUAUCAAACUGGGAGUGAUGUGUUUUAUCCAGUUCAAUAAGAGCUCUGUGCAACUGCUUGUAUGGUGUAUUUUGUUUGAUACAAGUUUGUUUUAUGUGAGUUAUAACAGAACCUGUUGUAUGUCUGUCUUGUAA